AUGGCGUAUGAUAUACAGGACAUGUUACCAUGUUUCUUCAAAUUUGAAUGUGAUGUUGUUGUUGUGGAAGAUGGCAAAAACGUAGCGAAAGGAAGAAACCGUCAAGUUCUUGGUGAUAUAGGUAAUGUUGUUCGAGGAAAUUACCCAAAGAACAAGCUGGGAAAGGUCAAUCAUCGUCCUCGUACACGUUGUAAACUUUGUUGUUUUGAAGGUGAUGUUGUUGUUGUGGAAGAUGGCAAAAACGUAGCGAAAGGAAGAAACCGUCAAGUUCUUGGUGAUAUAGGUAAUGUUGUUCGAGGAAAUUACCCAAAGAACAAGCUGGGAAAGGUCAAUCAUCGUCCUCGUACACGGUCUCAGAAUCCGAAUCCCUCACUUCUUGUGGAUGAGAAUCUCAAAAAACCUGUAGUCAAGAGAGUCGCAAUACCAAAGCCAAAGAAAGCAGCUGGGAAAUCAAAGGUUGUAGAGGUGAUUGAGAUAAGCUCAGACAGUGAUGAAGAACAUAGUUUAGUAGUUGUCCGAGAGAAGAAGGCUACUAAGAAGAAAUCAACCACUUACACAUCUGUUCUUACUGCUAGAAGCAAGGCUGCUUGUGGUAUAGAGAAGAAACAGAAAGAAGUGAUUGUUGAUAUUGAUUCUGCUGAUGCUAAGAAUGACCUUGCAGCUGUCGAAUAUGUGGAAGAGAUCUACCGUUACUACAAGUCUGUUGAGAGUGAAUGGAGACCACGAGAUUACAUGCAUUCACAACCUGAGAUUAAUGAAAAUAUGAGAUUGAUUCUGGUGGAGUGGUUGAUAGACGUACAUGUCCGAUUCGAGCUAAACCCAGAGACGUUUUACCUCACUGUUCACAUUCUGGAUCGGUUCUUAUCGGUUAAGCCAGUGCCUAGAAAAGAACUGCAGCUAGUUGGUCUCAGUGCUCUUCUCAUGUCUUCCAAAUACGAAGAGAUCUGGCCACCACAUGUGGGGGACCUAGCUGAUAUUGCAGACCAUGCAUACAGUCACAAACAGAUUCUGGUGAUGGAGAAGACUAUACUGUCUACUCUCGAGUGGUACUUGACAGUUCCGACUCAUUAUGUUUUCCUUGCUCGCUUCAUCAAAGCUUCCAUCAAAGCUUCAUCAAAGCUUCCAUUAUGUUCCGAUUCAAAUGUUUGUUUUUGUUUUGAUCCUUUGACAGAAAUCGUAACAUACAGUAUUCAAAAUUUUGUCAGUCUCAAAACUAUAACUAAGGAUCACAGUACUCAACAAGAAUAA